AUGGCAGCGCCUCGUCCCGCGACUGCUGCGGAAGCCUUUGGAAUCACCGUGCGAGCUCUCAAAAUUAAGCCACGCUGGCUGCAGCAGAUCCUUGAAGGUACCAAGCGCAUCGAAAUCAGGAAGAAGCCUUGCCCUCACAAAGGCUGGAUCUCUUUGGCCGCCACUGGCGUCCUGGAAAUCCAAGGACGUGCGUUGAUCUCUGGUUCACACCGGCUUUCUGCCGCUGAGCGAGAAGAAUACGCUGGCACCUUGGAGGCCUUGGCUUACGAAGACCCAUGGGCUUGGGAAAUUGAAGAGGUGGAGCUGCUGCCAUCGCCGAUCGCAAUCCCCAGCUGGGUGGCGCGAGGCAGUGUGCAAUGGCUGACUCGAGAGCGCUGGCAGCGUUGGGAUGAUGCACUUCUUCGCAGCGCAAACAGCAGUGAGAUGCGUGUGCGACCCAAAGAA